GCCAAUAAGCAUCGGUAGCCACCUGGCAGCAGUGGCAGCGCGUGCUCAAAAGUGUCGUUCAAACCCAACCAUUGCGUGAAUUCGUGGAUUCUAGUGCACGGCAGUAAUGCAUUCGAUGGAAGUGCUUCUGUAAAGUAGUAAUCUCUCUGCUCGCUGCCCUCUAUUCUGUAGCGUAACACGUGGCCGUAAUGCACCUCGGACACGUUUAUCGGGUGCUCCUCCAGAUAACGGAUUCCCAGUGUGCCAACGCUGUAUAGCCACAACAAAACGCACUCAUGAUCGGCCUCGUCAUCAGCCACAACAGAAGCGGAGUACCUUAACGGUGUGCAACAUCAAAGCAACCUAUGGACGGAGAUAGUAAGCACCUCAUCUACCGUGUAGCGGUCCCGGAAGAGUGCAACCGGAUCCGGGAAGCACUCGAGGCGUUCUACUAUCCCGAGGCGCUACUCAAUGUCUCGUACACCGAUCAGCAGUCUACGGUUCCAGCGGAGGAAGAGAUACAGCAUACGCUUUCGCUCGUGCAGCAAGGAAUGGCCGCUAUUGCGAUCGACACGAAUGACCGCGAUCAGAUCGUCGGCGUGUCAAUCGCCCGUUGCGUGAGGCCCGAUAGUUCCGAUGAUCUUCUGCAAGAGGCAGCCUCACAGUUGGGGCAUGGAAAACGAGUCGAACAACUGAAGCUACAGGCUCAUCUCGAACGGUUAGCUAGCGUUUGUGGUCGGUUUCGGGUGCGUCGAUCAUACCACGUGUUUGUGCUGGCGGUCGAUCCAAACUGGCGACGGAACGCGAUCGGACAGAAGCUGCUCGAGUUUCAGCUGGCACGUGCAAAAACUCUAGGCUAUCAGGUGGUUAGUGCGGAUUUUACCAGUGAACAGGCGGCCCGGAUCGGGGCUCGGCUUGGCAUGCGAUGCGUUAAUGCGUUACCGUUGGAUCAAUACUGGAACUCGGCCGGUGAACGGUUGUUUGUGGCGCCGCAGGGAACGAGUGACCAUACCGUGUGCACGUACGCACGAUAUGUUUCGGGAGUUGGUGAAAAAUGAGGAAGGAAAUAAAUUUAGUUUGGUUGAA